ACAACCCACAUGUCUGCCUCGGCCUCCCGGUCAGUGGGUGAGAGGCGAGCGAGACGUACGCCUCGGGGGCGUUGCGAUGUCCGUGACCAACUAUUGGCGCAUAAUCAGCUGACGACAGGAAGUAAAAUUUUAGUUUUCUUUGUGUUUUGACACAUGCAGUGAAGUGGCGUACCUUCAAAGAGAGGCUCGAGCCAGUAGUUUCCAGAUUUUCUUUGUCAUUCUCGAUUUGACUAUCAGCGAGUGUAGACGUUUUGCUAUUCUGUGUUUCAUUCAUUAUAGAGAUUUGCGUUCUAUUCUGAGUUUUCAAGCGAUUUCUACGAUUGUGAUCUUGAGACAACAUCACUGUUGAGAAGUCAUCAUGAAUCAAGACUUGUGUGAGGAGUCCACGACUCAUGUCCAGAAACUGGUCAACGUCCAGACGACGGACGACUCUGAGAGGAGUACGUUUGUUGGGGGUCAUGACCUGAAAGAUGGAGUGGGGUCAGGAAGUUCGUUGGCUGGUGGCGCGGGGACGACCAUGGCUGGUAGGAAGGCAACAGGCAAGAGACCUAGAUCUAGCCGCGCGGUACUCAAACAAGAUGUUGCAAAAGGUUCUAAGAAAGGGGAAAAGACGUCUAUCCCUGAAGGCAUGUCUAAUGUCCAGCCUGUGGCAAACUUCAUCCCUGCCUGGUUGGCUCAGUCGGGCCUGCUGUCCCUGGUGCAGACCGAAGACACGUCAUCCUCAUCGGAGCUGUUGUCAUCGGCUAAGUCAUCUUUGUUAGUUGCGACAUCGUCGUCAGUUGAUCAGUCCUCGUUAGUGGAGACAUUCUCAUCUACUAAGCCAUCUUCAUCAGUAGAGAAAUCUUCACCAGGUGACCCGUCUUCGUUUGCUGAGAUACUUUCAAGGAAGAAGGAAACUAGAGGGACUCAGGCGUCCAUCAGUCCAUCUUCUGGCUCAAGAAAAUCAAGCCUGAAGAUGUCUUCAGUCGCCAGAAGCUCUUCCUCCUUGCCCCCGAUGCCCCUGUCGGGCAACACAAAGACUGACAUACUCACCGGUAUCACCGAGCAUGCGAGAGAGCCUGCUAGUGCUGGAGAAUCCAAACCCUCAGAUAAAACCUUGUCACGUCCAUCGGUGCCUGCAGGGUCUUCAACAAGACCCUCGUCACAACAGUCUGUAACACGCAUGACACCACGACCUCGCAGCGUAUACACCUGGAUAAACCCAGAGCUCAGACAGAAACAUUACCAGGGCUCCUCCACUUCUGGUGUUGUCAGAGGUGCUGCGGGACAACCGAGACACCCACGACCCCGUAGCGUAUACUCAUGGGUCAACCCAAACCUUAGACAAGCUCAGGUUUCCGCCGCUCCCGGUUUCAAGAGCGUUAGUCAACAAGUCAGCAACAGGUCGAGUCCUCCGCUGAGCUGUUCCAAUACUUCCCGAUUUCCCAAGACAUCCUCCCCUCCUUCUCUGCACCCAGACUCUAACAGCACAGCUUUGGGCCAUGUGGGAAGACAGGAAAAGUCUACUCAACUACAGGAUAGACAGUUCUUUGCUCCAUUGCCCAUCGUAACUGUCUCUAGAAUGCCGCCAAUGCCGACGUUCUGGGAAUUCAAACCUCUUGAAUUCAGUGAGGUGAUCGUGGUACACGCGGAGAGCCCAACUAGUUUUGUGGUAAGGAAUUUAUUAUAUUUUCCCACUAACUCACUCAUAAUGCAUUCUUUAACCUCAUUAACUGACUUAAUCACUCAUGCAUCCUAACAUUAAUUCAAUUACUUAUUCACUUAUCCAUUAACUUAUUCAUUCAUUCUUAAUUUCAGUUACUUAUUUACCUAUUCAGUUAUUCGUUUACUGAUUCUCUCAUUCAGUAAUUCAUUUACAUAUUCAUUCA